AUGAUUCGCCUUUCUCUGCCACGCUGCCGAGCCGUGGCUGCCGGCAAGGCUUGGCGUCAAUCCGCGCGAUGUGCUGCCGCCCAGGUCGACGAGGUGCUGAUGAAGCGACUGAGGACUGAGCCCACUGCCAUCGCCGCUCCAGAUGAAAUCUUUGACGGCCUUUUCAUCUGCGGACUGCCGGCCCUGCGAGAUCACUUGGAUAUGUUUCAAGCCCGUGGAGUGCGGUCGGUGUUGAAUGCAGCAGAAUCCGACCUUCACAGACGCGCAGGUCUAGAUCUCUCCCAGGAGUUCGACGUCCACGUCUUCGGCGCAGGGGAACUCCGUGACGACAUGGACUUAGCCUCCUUGGCUGACCGCUUCAUCCGGGCCUCUGACUUCGCACACAGAGGUCGCCAAAAGGGAGGGGUCGUGGUCCAUUGUGCCUCAGGUAUGUCGAGAUCGAGCUCUGUUUGCAUGGCGCAUUUGAUGAUCUCCGAGGGCUUCCUGUUGGACUCGGCUGCCAGGCUCGUGUGUGCCGCCAGGCCUGCAGCACGCCCAGGCCGGGGACUCUGGCGGCAGCUGCGCUGGCUUGAGGACCAAAUCAAGUCUGCGCGGGAGCGGGAAGGGCGCCCCUUGCGUGCUCUCCCGGCGCCCACCACUCCUUGCCAACUCCGUGCGGCUGCAGCAGUGGAG